UCGACACUCCAGGAGCUCAGAGAUAAAACCACUACAAUGGGUCUUCAAAAAGCAUGUGCAGAUGUAUAUUCUGCAUCAGGAGGAUUGUUGCAGUCAUCGACUAGGUCAAAUGAGCCUAGAAACAUGAAACAGCUGUAUAAUCUGAAGAACAAAGACGAAAGACAAAAUGAAACAAAAGACGAAAUGCUAGAGCUUUUGGAACAGCUAAAGAUCGACCAGCAAAAGCCUGACAAAGGUUUUGUAAGAAAGGUACAAUUUUCUGAUACUCCUGAGACUGUACUUGCAUCUCAGCAGCAGCUAAGAGAUAUUGUUCGCUUUUGUACUGGUGAAUCAUCUCGAUCUGUAUGGGGAAUAGAUCCAACUUUCAACUUGGGUAACUUUUAUGUUACUCUAACAACAUACAGGCACCCGUUUCUGAUCAAUCCCAGAACCAAUAGGCACCCCGUUUUCCUUGGCCCUUCAUUUGUUCACAUGCGCAGAGAGACUGAAAACUAUGACUUUUUCUUACAUUCGCUUUUGUCUUUGGAGCCAAAAUUGCAAAAUUUACGAGCUUAUGGCACAGACGGCGAAGUAGCUCUUCUCAAUGCACUUGUAAUAAACUUUCCACCACCUCACACAACUGGCCUACGUUGCUACUUGCACAAAAAACAUAAUAUCGAAGAUCGCCUGCAAAACAAAUUCAAAGUGAACAGCACUAUAAAAAACGAAAUAAUUAAAGACAUAUUCAGAGAUUAUGCGGAAGGUGUGAUUUCCUCAGGACUUAUCGACGCUGAGAGUUCUGACGACUUCGAUGCACAACUUGACAGCCUCAAAGGGAAAUGGGAUGCAAUGAUUCCAGGUUUUCAUACCUGGUUUCUUAAAGAGCAAGCUGAUAAUUUUAAAGAAAGCCUGAUAUCUUGUGUGCGAAUAAGAGCGGGUUUGAAGGCUCCAAAAGAUGGCCACCCACCGGAACUAUACACUGAUAACGGAAAUGAAAGUAUAAAUGGGAAAGUGAAGUCGUGGGUCGAAUACUCCAAGAGUUCGUGGCCGGCAUUCAACGAAAAAUUGAAGGCACUUGUGGAAAACCAGUACCUGGAAGCUGAAAAAGCUAUCUACAGUGCUGGCGAGUACAUUCUUGACGAUUCUUGCAAGCAUUUAUUUGUAAGCCCUUUACAAUGGUACAAUCUUGACUCAAAGGAGAGAGAAAAAUCUCUUUUGAAAUUCCGAGGAGUAAAAAAUGCUGUACAUUCUACGUUGCAAGGACAAAAUGUUCUUAGUCCGACCUUAAAUGGACUUUCAAUGCCCCACGAAGAAAUUAUUGGAUCCAUUAAAAGCAUGCCGGUUGAGGCAGUUAAGGGGAUGCUUACCAAGGCCGAACGACUUCUUGAAAAAGGUAACGAUGCCAUUGUAUGUGCUCCGGGUAAUGCACAACGUGACACUUUCGUUGUAGAAAGCCAGUCCAGUAAACCACACUUUGUGGUUGUAAAAGCGAUGGGAAAAAUCGAAUGUGACACUGAUUGUCCACAAUGGCGAGGGAAACAGAUGUGUUCCCAUUCUAUUGCUGUUGCCGAAAGAAUCGGUCAGCUACGGCAAUUUGUCCGAUGGAGGGGAAAUCUGAAACGGGAAGCCAACCUGACUAAACUAGUUCUGACAGGAACUCCAAAAAACGCCGGUAGCAAGAGUGCAGCUAAAAGGUGGGGAAGUGUCACUCGUAAUAAGCAAGAAGUGCACACAGUUACUAAGCGACACACAGCUACUAUGUCACAUUCAGGACUUCAAGGUUCAGCACCUCAAAAUCAGCGCAACCAACAACAGCAGGUACAGCAACAGCAAAACCAUCAGCAAUUCUUUACUCAAGGAGCACAGGGCCACCUACACCAUUGGCAGCAGCAACACCAUCAGCAACAGCAAUGGCAACAACAGCAGCAACUACAGCCACUACAACCAAACCAACAGCAACAGCAGUGGCAGCACCAGCAACAACAUCAACAGCCACUACAACCGAACCACCAACAACAGCAGUGGCAGCAACGGCACCAGCAUCUUCAGCAACAGAUGCACCAUCAACAGCGACUACAACCAAACCAACAACAACAGCAGUGGCAGCAACAGCAGCACCAACUGCACCAUCAACAGCCACUACAACCAAACCAACAACAGCAGUGGCAGCAACAAGCAGGAAAGUAUAGACCACAUCCAGCCCCUGGAUCAUUUGAGCUUUGCUUGCUUGGCCAGUGUGAUGCCAGGGUUCAAAAGUGUUUUGGCUGCGAAGAUGUGUUGAAAAUUCAAGGUCAAAUCCCCCCUCCGCCCUGUGACUUGGUGAUCGUUUCAAAUAUGCGUCGAGAUUAUUUUGAAGAUGGCAUGAAGAAGAAAAGCAAGCCUGGAAAUGUAUACUUCCAUUUAAAAUUAACAUGUAUCCAAGAGAAAAGUGCUUUGUUUAUUCCAGGUUUAGUGAACAUUUCUCCAAAUGUUGUGAGAUUAUUGACCGACUYCCACAAGCAAAAAAUAUACCAAGUAUUGGGUAUUCGACUUUAAAUAUAGAAAUCAUGUUCUGGAAAGGCCCCGUUUACACUUGSGAUUUUUGCAGCCCGAUUGUCGCGAGAUAAUCGCCACUUUGUUAUCGCGCAACUAAAAUCGUACCUGAAACAAACGAUCGUCGCGAAGUUGCAGCUAAAUUUCAAGCAUGUUUGAAACAAAAAUCUUAAAUGUACACAGUCCUUUAUAAUUCAGAUUUAGGCAGUUUUUGAAUGAUCAAGUGGGGAACUGACCGAACGUUUUCACCGCAUGAUAGAGUCCAACUCGUACGGAAACGUAUCUAUUUUGAUAGCUUUUUUUAUGAAAACAUAAUAAUUUUCAUAAUAAUUUACAGUGUAUUUGUAAAGUUACUCUUCAAUUSAAAAAGAAAUUUCGGGUUCCAAGGUUUGCAUCUUCAAAACUAAGAACGCAURAUGACUGCAUACUAUGAGUAUAAUAUACUGCAAUAUAUGAAAAAUGUUCAAAUAUCACGCUAAAAUUUCCUGAUGGUUGCUAAAAACAUCCAGGCUACACACGAGUAUGGCACGAGAAUGACUUACAAACGACUACGUACUAGUUUAGAGCGUGUAUUUCAAAUAACCUAACUAACAUGUAUGAAUGUAUUUAGAAAACUCUAUAGUAAUUUAAGCAAACACAAUUUUGUUAAAUAAUCAUAACUUGUUUUGGAAUUAAAAGGACCCUKAAAUAUACUGCAAUAUUACUGCAAUAUGAUGAAAAAUCUUCAAAUAUCACCCGAUGUUCUGAGUAGCUGAAAUUUCCACUUAUCAUGUGUUAUGAUAGUCACGAUGACAUCAUUUUUUGUCGA